AUGAACAGCGCCGGCAAUGGUGAGGGUGAGCCCUCCCUAGUGCAAGAGGAAGGGCCGCCGCCGAAUGCUGGCAAUGGCGAUGGCGGCGGCGGUGGCCUGCUCGCACACGCACCGAACUUCGGCGCGACUGAAGCGGACACGCUGCUGGUGGUGGCGACACUGAUCACAGCGCUGACGUACCAGCUGGGCACCAACAUCCCGGGCGGGUACUGGCAGGCCGACGACGACGCGGGGCACGUGGCCGGGGACCCGAUCAUGCGGGACAAGCACCGGCGGCGGUACUGGCUGUUCAUGGCGGCGAGCUGGGCGGGGUUCGGCACCUCGAUGCUGCUCACGGUGGGGCUCAUCACCGGGGUGCCCGCGCGCUCGCGCUUCGUGCAGUACGCGUUCCUGGUGGCCUACUCCAGCCUCGUGCUCACGUUCGUCACGUCGCAGCCGCGCACCUCGCUCGCCAUGGACCUCGUCAUCUGGGCCGCCGUCAUGGCCAUGCUCGCCGUCGCCACCAAGUACCUGCGCCUCGACAGGCUCCCCAGAUGGGCGCGCUCCCUGUGCCCUGCUCCUCCUCUGGCCUCGUGCUGCUGCUCACGUUCGUCGUGA